UCAAAUACACAAUCAUCAUGCGCCUUCACAAAGUCUAUCCCCGCCUCUCUCUCGUCUCCCUCUCCCUCUCUCUCCCUUUGCUCCCUCACCUUCCUCCCCCCUUCCUCUCUCUAAAACCCUCUCCUCCCCCGCCACUCUCUGCUUCCAUUUUCAAAUCCACCAAGUCUGUCAUGUCCUUCUCCAGAUUUCGCUAUCUCGUCCCCAUCAACGCUGAGUCCGCCGAGGACGGCGGUGGCUCCAACGGCUCUGUUUCUUCUUCCGCUGCUCCUGCUUCUGCUGCCAAUGACGCUGAUUCAGUGUUGGGUGGUGGAUAUCGUCUCCCUCCACCAGAGAUUAGAGACAUUGUUGAUGCUCCGCCCCUUCCAGCAUUGUCAUUCUCACCGCAGAGGGACAAAAUACUAUUUCUUAAAAGGAGAUCUUUACCUCCACUAUCAGAAUUGGCAAGACCAGAAGAAAAGCUUGCUGGUAUUCGAAUUGAUGGAAAAUGUAACUCCCGAAGUCGCAUGUCAUUCUAUACUGGCAUUGGGAUUCACCAAUUAAUGUCUGAUGGUACACUUGGCCCAGAGAAAGAGGUCCAUGGUCUUCCUGAUGGUGCUAAACUCAAUUUUGUUACAUGGUCAACCGAUGGGCACCAUUUAUCCUUUAGUGUCCGAGUUGAUGAGGAGGACAACAGUAGCAGUAAGCUUAGAGUUUGGGUUGCUGAUGUAGAGACAGGAAAAGCUAGACCUUUGUUUCAGUCACCAGAUAUCUAUCUAAAUGCCGUUUUUGACAAUUUUGUUUGGGUGAAUAACUCAAGUCUAAUGGUUUGCACCAUCCCCUUAUCUCGUGGAGACCCACCUAAGAAACCUUUGGUUCCUUCUGGUCCUAAGGUUCAAUCUAAUGAGCACAAAAAUGUUGUUCAAGUCAGAACCUUCCAAGAUCUCCUCAAGGAUGAGUAUGAUGAGGAUAUGUUCGAGUACUAUGCCACUACCCAACUUGUUUUGGCAUCCUUAGAUGGGACAGUGAAGCCUGUUGGCCCACCAGCCAUAUAUACAUCAGUGGACCCUUCCCCAGAUGAAAAGUACCUUUUAAUUACUUCAAUUCACCGUCCAUAUUCUUUUAUUGUACCAUGUGGUAGAUUUCCAAAGAAAGUUGAUGUGUGGACAACAGAGGGGAAAUUUGUUAGAGAACUUUGCAAUUUGCCCCUUGCUGAGGAUAUUCCAAUUGCCUUCAAUAGUGUAAGAAAGGGGAUGCGCUCAAUCAACUGGAGGGCAGACAAGCCUUCAAUGCUGUACUGGGUGGAGACACAAGAUGGUGGUGAUGCAAAAGCAGAUGUUUCUCCACGUGACAUAAUCUAUACACAAUCAACUGAGCCACUUGAAGGUGAACAACCAAGAAUCUUACACAAGCUUGAUCUUCGCUAUGGUGGCAUUUCUUGGUGUGAUGAUUCACUGGCUCUAGUCUAUGAAUCUUGGUACAAGACACGGAAGAUAAGAACCUGGGUAAUCUCUCCUGGAUCUGAAGACGUGAAUCCGCGCAUAUUAUUUGAUAGGUCAUCUGAAGAUGUGUACUCUGAUCCUGGCUCUCCUAUGUUGCGGAGAACGCCUGCUGGGACUUAUGUGAUUGCAAAGGUAAAGAAAGGAAAUCAAGAAGGAAUUUAUGUUUUACUCAACGGAAGUGGUGCUACACCUAAUGGGAAUAUCCCCUUCCUGGAUUUGUUUGACAUAAAUACAGGCAAUAAAGAACGGAUAUGGGAGAGUGACAAGGAAGAGUACUAUGAGACUGUUGUUGCUUUAAUGUCUGAUGAUAAUGAAGGGGAAUUAGACAUCAAUCAGUUAAAAAUACUGACUUCAAAGGAAUCUAAAACUGAAAACACCCAAUAUUACAUACAGAGCUGGCCAGAUAAAAAAACAUGUAAAAUCACAAAUUUUCCUCAUCCAUAUCCUCAGCUUGCUUCACUAAAGAAAGAGAUGAUUAGGUAUGAGAGGAAAGAUGGAGUUCAGCUUACUGCUACACUGUACCUUCCACCAGGAUAUGACCCCGUGACAGAUGAUCCUCUUCCUUGUCUUGUUUGGUCAUAUCCUGGAGAAUUUAAAAGCAAAGAUGCUGCUGGACAAGUUCGAGGUUCUCCUAAUGAGUUUCCAGGCAUUGGUCCAACGUCAGCACUGCUUUGGUUGGCACGGAGGUUUGCUAUUUUACUUGGACCAACAGUUCCUAUCAUUGGGGAAGGUGAUGAAGAAGCAAAUGACAGAUACGUGGAGCAAUUGGUUGCAAGUGCUGAAGCUGCAGUUGCAGAAGUUGUCCGACGUGGAGUGGCUCACCCUGAUAAGAUUGCUGUUGGUGGUCAUUCCUAUGGGGCAUUCAUGACUGCAAACCUCCUGGCACAUGCCCCUCAUCUUUUUUGUUGUGGAAUUGCUCGCUCCGGUGCUUACAACAGGACACUAACUCCUUUUGGGUUUCAGAAUGAGGACAGAACAUUAUGGGAGGCAACAACUACUUAUGUGGAGAUGAGCCCUUUCAUGUCAGCUAACAAAAUAAAAAGGCCCAUCUUGCUUAUCCAUGGAGAAGAAGACAAUAAUCCUGGAACAUUAACUAUGCAGUCAGAUCGUUUCUUUAAUGCCCUUAAAGGUCAUGGUUCACCUUGUCGCCUAGUGAUUCUUCCCUUUGAGAGCCAUGGUUAUGCCGCACGAGAAAGCAUAAUGCAUGUCCUUUGGGAGACUGACAGGUGGCUGCAGAAAUAUUGUGUCCCCAACAUCUCUGAAGCAAAUGCAGAUCUUGAUACAUGCAAAGACAGCAUAACUAAAGCUGCUACAGAUUCAGAGAGCAAAGUAAUUGGUGCCACUGGAGGAGGAGUCUCAGAGCUGGAAGUUCUUGAGUGUGAAAUCUUUCGCUCUCUGAAAAAGUCGUCAUUAUGAUUGAUCGUUAUUGCUGAGCUGCCUGGAUUUUGCGGUUGGAGUUUCAGAGUGGAAUACCAACAGGGUACGCUUGCUCUAGGAGAUGUGAUGUGGCCGUGUGUAAAGUCUGCUUUGGGCUUCCGGGGUUUCAUGUGUGGCAUACGGGAAACAUUUGCAGUCUCUAGGAGAAUGUUUCCAGAGAAAUCAGUAAAGAGAGUACAAGUGUUGGAAUAAUAGAAACAUUUAUUCUUGAAUAUUGAGAAUUGGGGGAGAAGAAGAAGAAAGUGUAAUCUGCAAAAUAAUGUUUACAGAAUGUGUCAUAAUCGACUAAUGUUGUAUAUGAAUUCUGCUAGCGUCCAGCACGUGAGAACUAUUGUUGUCAAAAAGCUCUUAUUGGGAAGGUCUAAGUGCUCUUUUACUA